AUGUUCGUGCCGAUCCUUUCAACUUUAUUACUGCUUGAUGUCAGUGUAUCUUCCACGUCUAAUUCGAGUACAGUCCAGCAUGAAGACCCAAUCGUGUUCGUACGUCACUUGAAUGGUUCGCUGCCUUCUGCAAAUAGUAGCUUGACCGUUGAUGAAGGAGAAUUGGAGAGUUACGAUGACAGUGCGCAAGACAAUAUCAGACCAGAUGAAAGUGAUGGGGAGAUAAGAAUAUUUUCUUUCAUCAAGAAUUGGAUCUCGCCGCAUCCAUACAGCAAGUUGGUACAUGUUAACGAUGGCGAUCCACUCAUGGAUGCAGUAAGAAAGGCGGGUAUACUGUUAUCGAAAAAGAAACUCCGUAAAAGAGAAGAAGAGUGGCUAUCGAACACGUACAUCAAGAUGCUUCACGAGGCAAGUAAGGGAGAUUCGAGACCAUUUGCUGAUGUGUCCUUCUCCAUUUUGCUUAUAACCCCUACGACAAGCCAAUUGACACAGAAUCGAUUUCUCGAAUCUAAAACAAAGAUUUCAGCAAUAUUUGAACUUUUGAUGCUGCAAGUACAAGACGAAUCUCUUAAAGGAUUCUUCAGUUUACAUCUACAGAAUCCGUUGCUGUCUUAUGCCACCAAAAUGUACGAGAUAAAUGGCGAUUCAGAAUUCCGACUAUCAGUUGCAGACGACUUAACUAACCUUCUUACAGCUAAACGAAACGGAGGGUCUUUGAUAACUUGGUUGGGAACGUGUGAGUGUGAUACCAGUAACAUUAAUUCUCUCAUACAGGGUUUAUCGCGACAUCCUACUACCCUCAACCUAGCGUAUCGCUUACAUGCGUUGCGAUCCAGCAGUUUUAUUGAGCUCUUCGGUCUUAUUUCCAGUUAUCCAUUUCGUGAUAUAAAUCCGGUCCUUGAUUAUGUCGCUUAUGUUCGAUUCAACUUCAUUGAGCACGAGGCAAAGAGUUCUGCUGUUGUGGUGCCUAAUUUACAUAAGUUUCUGAAAUCUCGUGGAUAUAAAGAUGAAGUAAAAUUAAAAGUGUUGUUUUCGGAAUAUUCGGAAAGGAUAUCGACGAGCGUUAAUCAACCUCUAUAUCAUGUGUAUACGACUUCCAUUUUGAACAAGCUCAACGAGGGUCAAGUGCGUUUGCUGAAAGCAGCGGUGCAGUCUAACUAUCAUGCUGGUUUGGUCAAAGAGGCCUUGGAAGCAUACAGUCAGGUCGCUGAAUCUGCCAGGAUGCUAGGCGGUCAGGAAAUGGAAGAUACGAUUAAGGCGUUGCUGGAUGACGAGAAACUUAUGCAACGACUCCAAGAGGUGCUCAAAGACAAGAGAGCAGUGCAAUUGCUUCAAGCAAAUUCGAACGAUGUAAUGGAUUUAGAACACCUUCCAUUGCCUUUGAAAAAAGACGGUGUGGAGAUUAAGGAGGAAAAUGAUGAAGUUGUGACUAAUCUCCUCAAGUUGAUCACGAACAGGGAUACAUUGCAACCGCUCAAUAUGUUUGCGGCGGAUAAUGAACGUGUGACGAGGCUUACAAAUGUUAUAGAACGAUUCAAAUUACUUGAUGACAUGUUAAGCAGUACGGAACUGGAUACGGUGUCAACACUCGAAGCGAUUCUCGUCGAUCAAGAUAAAGUGUCAUUUCUCAAAGAGGCAAUGAAGGAUGACCAGCGUUUGAAGUUAUUUAAAGAGGCUUUGGAGGACAAGAAAAAGAUCGAUGUCUUCAGGAAUGGUCUGGGUGAUAAUAACCUAAGGAUGGUGUUUGAUCAAGUAAUAAAGGAUAUGAAUCAAGUGUUUUCUCUCAGAGUGGCUAUCAAAGAUGAUGAUCGUGUGAGGUUCUUUCGAGCGGCUCUGGAGGAUAAAAAGCAGGUGGAGGAAUUCGUUAACGCAUUGAAUCAAAAGAAAUUGGCGAAUAUUUUCAGAUCGAUCCUCAAGGAAGAAAAGCAAGUGUAUUGA